AUGACUCCAAAGGAUCAAAAUCUGAACCUCAGCGAUCCUGCUGUUCAGGACGCCAUCUUACAAGAGGUGAGUUUCACCCUGUUCAUGAAGAACAAACUCAAUAGUGAUACAAACCUUACAGACCUCUUCUCCUGGUCUGGGUCCUAGUCUGUUAUGGAUGACCUCCUCUCUGGUCUCGGUCCUAGUCUGUUGUGGAUAAUCUCCUCUGGUCUGGGUCCUAGUCUGUUGUGGAUCAUCUCCUCUGGUCUGGGUCUUAGUCUGUUGUGGAUGACCUCCUCCCUGGUCUGGGUCCUAGUCUGUUGUGGAUGACCUCCUCUCUGGUCUGGGUCCUAGUCUGUUGUGGAUGACCUCCUCUCUGGUCUGGGUUCUAGUCUGUUGUGGAUGACCUCCUCUCUGGCCUGGGUCCUAGUCUGUUGUGGAUGAUCUUCUCUCAAGGCCGUGACACCACUCUGCGUGGGUGUUUCAGGGAGAGUGGAUUGUGCAAAAAACACAUUUCCAAUUCACACAUGCAUAUUAAAAGACACGUGUACAUGUGUUAAAUAGGACAAAUAUAAGUAGCAUCUCCCCAUAGAGUCAAAGGAUUGAAGUAUAGAACGUGUCAGUAUAGCAGGAAGGAAUGGUAGUUGUAGAUCUUCAGAAAGACUAUUACAGAAUAAUAUAGUCUCUAUCUUUCUGUCUGUGUGUGUGUGUGUAUUUGUGUGUGUGUGUGUGUGUGUGUUUCUCCAGAUAAAGAACAAAGCUGGAAGGAGCAGGGGUUACCUGCAGACACCAAACUGACAUGGGAAAAAGAGCAGCCCGAUGGGAAGGUCUUCAACAAGGAGAAAGAGGGGUCUCCCAAGAAAGAAGAGGAGGAGGAGAAGAAGAUAAAGAAGAGGAAAGUAAGAGGAUGAUGACAAAGAGAGAACUCUAAUUAUAUCAAAUGUUCUCCUGACAUUUCUCUUUUUAUUUACAUUCAUUAUCUGUACUGGUCUAGAUUUUCUCAGAUAAACUGA